CACACACACACACACACACACCUCAACGCUUUUUUUUGGGGGGGGGGGAGGAGGGAGAGUGGGGGUUCCUGCGAAAAGAGAGACGCCGGAUCAGAGGAAGGGGAAUGGGACACCGGUGCCUGGAUCAGGACUGAGUCUGGUCGGCGCGAUUCAAACAGCUCCUCCGACCCCGUCUCCAAGUCCUCUCGUCCCGGUCCCGGAGUCACGUUGUCCCCGCGGACACAAUGGGCUGCUGCAGCGGACGAUGCACCCUCAUCUUUCUCUGCACUUUACAGUUGGUGCUGGCUUUAGAAAGACAAGUCUUCGACUUCCUGGGUUACCAGUGGGCCCCUAUCCUUGCCAACUUCUUCCACAUCAUCCUCGUCAUCCUCGGCCUCUUUGGCACCAUCCAGUACCGGCCACGCUACAUUGUGGUGUACACAGUAUGGGCCGCUCUGUGGGUAGCCUGGAAUGUCUUCAUCAUCUGCUUCUACCUGGACGUAGGAGGCCUGUCCAAGGACAGUAACCUGCUGACAUUCAACAUCUCGGCCCAUCACUCCUGGUGGAGCGAACACGGGCCGGGCUGUGUGCGGAGAGAGAUGCCGCAGGCUCCGGGGAUCCGCACCACCGAGAGCCACUCCUACAUCACCGUCAUGGGCUGCCUCAUGGACUACCAGUACAUCGAGGUGGUGCACAGCGGCACACAGAUUCUUGUUGCUCUCCUGGGCUUCGUGUACGCCUGCUACGUUGUGAGCGCUAUCACUGAGGAGGAGGACAGCUUUGAUUUUAUUGGUGGAUUUGACCCAUUCCCACUCUACCAUGUCAAUGAGAAACCAUCCCAUCUACUCUUAAAGCCCAUGUACCUGUCUACGUAAAUAGGAAAGCGUCCAGCAGGGAGGUGACACGGCCGAUUCCCACAGAGACGAAAUGGCUGUUUUGACACAAACGUCCCAGUGCACUGGGGCAAGCCAGACAUUCCUCCUCCCCUUCUUGAUGUCAGUACUUUAAAACAUGUCAUUUACUGGUGUGCUGCCCGGAAAAGCCAACACUUCUCAGUUCGAGUCCAUUGUUUUCCAGGGAGCGAUGGCGGGUUCAGAGAACGGGGGAAUUACACUGGAACAAAGCCUCAUAUUGUGUAUUUAGGGAAGUAUCAAUCAUAUUCUUUGUGUUGAGUUCUCUGCUAAGGUCCCAGUGCUAUGGCCUGCCCAUAACGGCCCAAUACUCCCCAAGAACAUGACUGCAUAGACCAUGUACAGCAUAUAAACACUUGGUGUAUGUAAUCAGGGACUGCCCAGCAUUCCCAGUCUGUGGCACUGUGUCUUAGAGGACCCAGUGAUUUAGCAUGUCAUUGCCGGUUUGGCUCAGAUCUUGGCCGGAGGGCUGAAUUACAUUGGAGCCUGUGGAAUGAGCUAUUGUGUGCUGCCUGUUUACUUUAGGCCAGGAUCUGUGUGCAUAAAUACACGAGCAAAGCAGGAAGAGGCAGGGGAGUGGAUGGGGUAGAGGGAGGGGAGGGAACAAAAGCACCAAAACCUACGGCAGCAUCUGU